CAAGCGAGCAAUUCUGGAGAAUCAUCCAAGUUAAAUACUGAUGACCGCGUUUUAGUUUCCACUGUUAGUUAAUUCACAGCUUUGAGAAAACGCUAUAAUGCUAGACACAGUACCGGAUAUUUCGAAGUAUCUUGGCAUUUUGGCCUUAAGUCUUCUCAUUUACUGGACAAUCUCAAGAUGGUUUCACACUAGAAGUUUUCCUCCUGGGCCUGCUGGUCUUCCUGUUCUUGGCUACGGAUUGUUCUUAGGGAACAGACCAAAUGUCGUACUGUCGAAACUUAGAAGAAAAUAUGGAGACAUAUUCAGUUUUUAUACGGGGCCACAACUUUUCAUUUGCGUCUCUGAUUACCAAUUAGCGAAAGAAAUUUUGAACCAUCCUCUGACCUUGGCUCGCCCACCUCAAGCAUUUGCCUUCUUAAGAGGAUGCGGAGGUUUUUCCGGAAAGAGUGGAGAAGAAUGGACAGAGCAGCGGCGAUUCGCAGUUCAAACAAUGAGAAAUUUAGGACUUGGAAAAGGAUUGUGGGAGAUUAUGAUUCAAGAAUCUGCAAGUGAUUUUGUGGAAGAAAUAAGGAAUUGGAAUGGCAAACCGCAUAACAUCGAAGGACCUCUGCAAACCUCGCAAGCGAUCAAUAACAUAGCUUUGCUAUUUGGAAGACAUUUAGAUAGAGGGGAAGAUAAGGCAGACAUAGAAAUAAUUAAAAGCUGUUCAAGAACCCUGAUGCAAUAUUUUUCUUCCGUGAGUGUGAACAUCGCUCUUCCUUGGCUUGCAAAUAUCCUUACAGUGCUUAGAAUAUCUGGUUAUCAUAAUUUUAUGAAAAUUUUAAGAGAGUUUGAAGCAAUUUUCAGUCGGGAAGUAGAAAUGAGGAUGAAAGCAAAAGACUCUCUUACCAAAGAAGACUUCAUUGGCUGCUAUCUCAGAGAAAUGGAGAAGAAAAAUAAUGAAGGAAAACCCCACACAUUUAAUGUUGACAAUUUACUCGGCAACUUGUUUCUCCUAUUCGUUGCUGGACUCGAUUCCACAUUGGCGUCGAUCGGUUGGCUUUUGCUUUUGAUGGCAGAUCAUCCAGACAUUCAGAAAAAGGUUCAUGAAGAAAUCGAUGCCGCUUUCGGAAGAGAUGGAACUAUUUACUUCGAUGACAAAGUCAAACUACCCUAUACUAUGGCAACCAUUUUAGAAAUGCACAGAUGGGUGUCCAUCGCUGCAAUUUAUCCUCCAAGAUAUCCUUUAGAAACUUUCGAAUUUCAUGGUUACACAAUACCAAAAGGUUCAAACGUUAUUUGCAAUAGUUGGGAAAUUAUGCAUGAUCCGAAAUAUUUCAAGAACCCCAUGGACUUUGAACCAGAAAGAUUCUUGAGUGAUGAUGGAACCAAAGCUGGAAAAUAUGAUGGAUAUUUACCAUUUUCAACAGGUAAAAGGAAUUGCCCUGGUGAAGGAAUAGCAAUGAUGACCUCGUAUUUGUAUUUCGUGUCUAUUCUGCAAAAAUUCAAUGUGACUCCAAAACCCGGCGAAGUCAUAGAUUUGGAUUACGUAUUUGGUGGGGCACUGCUUCCUAAACCUCAAGAACUACGCUUUCUUGGAGAAAGCGUUGUAAUGCUAGACACAGUACCAGAUAUUUCGAAGUAUCUUGGCAUUUUUGCCUUAAGUCUUCUGAUUUACUGGACAAUCUCAAGAUGGUUUCAGACUAGAAAUUAUCCUCCUGGGCCUGCUGGUCUACCUGUUCUUGGUUACGGACUGUUCUUAGGAAAUAGACCAACUGUCCCACUGUCAAAACUUAGGAGAAAAUAUGGAGAUAUAUUCAGUUUUUAUACGGGGCCACAACUUUUCAUAUGCGUUUCUGAUUACCACUUAGCAAAAGAAAUUUUGAAUCAUCCUCUGACCUUGGCUCGUCCACCUCAAGCAUUUGCAUUCCUAAGAGGAUGCGGAGGCUUUCCCGGAAAAAGUGGAGAAGAAUGGACAGAACAGCGACGUUUUGCAGUUCAAACAAUGAGAAAUUUAGGACUCGGAAAAGGGUUGUGGGAAACUAUGAUUCAAGAAUCUACAAGUGAUUUUUUGGAAGAAAUAAGGAAUUGGAAUGGCAAGCCGCACAACAUCGAAGGGCCACUUCAAACAUCGCAAGCGAUCAAUAACAUAGCUUUAUUGUUUGGAAGACAUUUGGAUAAAGAGGAAGAUAAGACAGACAUAGAAAUAAUUAAAAACUGUUCAAGAACCCUGCUUGAGUACUUUUCUUCCGUGAGUGUCAACAUCGCUCUUCCUUGGCUUGCAAAUAUUUUUAGAGUACUUAGAAUAUCUGGCUACCAUGAUUUUAUGAUAACUUUAAGAGAGUUUGAAGCAAUUUUCAGCCGGGAAGUAGAAGUGAGGAUGAAAGCAAAAGACUCUCUUUCCAAAGAAGACUUCAUUGGCUUAUAUCUCAGAGAAAUGGAGAAGAAAAAUAAUGACGGAAAACCCCACACAUUUAAUGUUGACAAUUUACUCGGCAACUUGUUUCUCCUAUUCAUCUCUGGACUCGAUUCCACUUUGUCGUCGAUCGGUUGGCUUUUGCUUUUGAUGGCAGAUCAUCCAGACGUUCAGAAAAAGGUUCAAGAGGAAAUCGAUGCCGCUUUCGGAAGGGAUGGAACUGUUUACUUCGAUGACAAAGUCAAACUUCCAUACACUAUGGCAACCAUUUUAGAAAUGCACAGAUGGGUGUCCAUCGCUGCAAUUUAUCCCCCAAGAUACCCUACAGAAACUUUUGAAUUUCAUGGCUACACAAUACCAAAAGGUUCGAAUGUUAUUUGCAAUAGUUGGGAAAUUAUGCAUGAUCCGAAAUAUUUCAAGAACCCCAUGGACUUUAAACCAGAAAGAUUUUUGAAUGAUGAUGGAACAAAAGCUGGGAAAUAUGAUGGAUAUUUACCAUUUUCAACAGGUAAAAGGAACUGCCCUGGUGAAGCAAUAGCAAUGAUGACCUCGUAUUUGUAUUUCGUGUCUAUUCUGCAAAAAUUCAAUGUGACUCCAAAACCCGGUGAAGACAUAGAUUUGGAUUACGUAUUUGGUGGGGCACUGCUCCCUAAACCUCAAAAACUAUGCUUUUUGGAAAGAUAA